AUGGUGCGAGUGAAUAAAAGUUUUUCCUCUCCACGUUCAGCACCGAGCGGGGUACCUCAGGGAGGCGUUCUUUCCCCUCUGCUCUUCAACAUUUACACAUUUGAGUUGCCUCUGCUUAUAACUGGCCGUGGUGUUGAUUGCGUGGCAUUCGCGGAUGAUGUCAAGUUAUAUAGAGCUGUAGGAACUGAAGAUGAACGAGGAGAAAAUUCGACCUCAUCCUUUUCCAUAAGAUCCUUCAUGGCAAGUGUGGUCUCAGUCCUGAUCAUUUUCGUAUUCUGCGUCCAUCAGUCACCAGGGGAGGCCCUCUCAAGCCAGUGGUGCCUCUUGCCAAGCACAAUACGGUCGCGCUUCUUCACUAUAAGGGCUGGUACAGACUACUUUAAGCUUAAUAGACAUAAAUCAUUUCCUGCUAGCGUCAAAGCUUUCUCAAGAUUGAUCGAUCGUUAUAUGGUUCCGUAG